AUGGAUGGAAUCAGUAUCGAUAACGAGGAUGAGACCAUCCCUGAGAGAACAGGUGCUGAUAGCGGUACAGGUGGUGUUGAAGACUUCGCUUCAAGGUGCACGGUACAGCCGCUCCAGUCUGUGUGUCCAGAGCCGAUGAACAUCCCAGUGAGGCAAGCGCCGGCACCGCCACCAGCGUUGCCAAAUCGUCCUCAGAUUCCCGUUAUUCCCCCACGACCUAAGGGGUACAAUGUUCGAGACACGUAG